AAUAGGAGUACUCGAGUAACAGGUGUACCGCAGGAGCCUAGUAGUACUACAUAUACGUGGUCCGGUAAAGUGUUACCGUCAUGUCUUUCCGACGAAUGUGCUUCUGCUUGGGUCUGCUGUGGUGCCUUGAGAUACAAUUCUAGCUGAGGUAUGAGGCAGACGCAAGGGUUUUCAAAUUUGGAUGAUUAGAUGCUUCAAGGCAUGGAAAGAUGGCUGCAACCAGGUGUGACUGGAAACGACACAGGCAGAAACAGUCGGGGAGUGGAUCGGCUUUACACAGCUGGAUCAUCAGGUAGCAGCAUAGAUGAGAGAAUUGGUCUGGAAUCAGUCGGUGGUCGAAGUCGUUCCAACUCCUUGCCCAUCCGGGCGCAGUCACAGAGCGAAUACCUGGACUCGAUACGAGCGCUAGCUGAGGCCUACAGUACUGUAGAGCAGCACCGGAAGAGUGGGGGCCAUGCCACUGGUGCAGUGGGUGAACUAGGUACCGGUAGUGGCUACCUGACCCGGUCCCGCAGUGCCACCAUGACAGACGUGCUACACUACCGUGCUGGCCGUACGGACUCGCAGCAGACCGUUGACUCGAGUCAAGUGUUUGACCGGGCAUCACCACAGGUGUCGGAUGUGAGCGAGGUGUUUCUGCCGCCAGCCUCAGAUGACGAAAAGGCCAGAAUCAUCAACAGUCGACUACAGGAGCUGGACAGUGCGCAGAGGUCGUGGAAGAGGCGCGUCGCCGAUUACGUACAUGGGCUGCCCUCAACCAAGCCCCUGCCUGGGGAAGGGGGACGAAUACAGGAUCCCAAACGAAGACGUAUCUGGUCGACUGGGGAGCGUCUGCCGUGGGAAAUCAGAUCCAGUGAUGGAGUCUCACCACGGCAAAGGAUUACCACAGUCAGCUCAGAUUCCACCUACUCCUGUUCCCAGCUUUCCACGUCCUCCAGUAGGGACAGUAUCCAGCUCUGGGUGGACUCCAUCGAUGGCCAGGAAGGGGACCCUGACAUCACGUUGACCCCAGGACAGGUCAAUGGGGACCACCGAAAAAGCAUUGGCAGCUUGCUACCUGCCAACAGGAAGAUUUCGGACUCAGGAAACGGCAUUCCAAAGCGCAUUGUCGCUAGUGUCGAGGAUGAUCUGGGCUUGGGUGCUGAUGCAGGUUCAGUCACAGGUUCCAUCAAAGGCGAGGAUGCCACGACCAAUCAAGUCACAGGGCCGGGGGGCAAAACGCUUGCGAAGAAGCUCACCAACAGCGACAUCAUCAACUUGGCAAACCAGACGAAGGCGCUCCAGAGUCGCCGAAAGCAGCUGCAGCGUAUGGGGAGCAGUGCCAUGUCCGAUGCUUCAGUGGCCAGUGUAUCCGACCUCCUUUAUGCCCGCAACGACCCGGAAGAGCUGCUGCUGAGCCUGGGCUUUGGUGGGGGGAAGGAGCCCAACCCUUUGGACCGAAUUCCUGGUCGCUUCCUGCAGCAACCAUCCAUGGCUCAGGGCAUCAGCGUUGACAAUUACCUGAUGCUGUCAGAAACUCAGGACCAAAAAUAUGGGUUCAGUCUCCAUGGUGGGCUGCGAGGUCUUGGAGCUGUCCUCCAACAGUCAAUGUGUGCUAUCACCCCUUCAGCUGAGCAGCUGGUUUGUCAGACGGAUGUGGGCGGAGUUAUGAGCUGGCCUACCAGUAGAGGUGAGAAGUCAGUAAGCCCAGUAGCAGGAAAUCAACCAUUAGCAGAGCCGGUAAGACAAGGCACCCUGUCAGUUAGGCCAGUCAGCCCAGGUGGCGAAUUGCCAAGAACAGAUUUACAAGUACUCAACUUGCAGCCAGAUUCAGUCGGUGAAACUGACCUCACAAGACCAAGAAGUGGACUGAAUAUCUCCCAUAAAGCCAAAGAUGCAUCCUCUCCCACCUCUCCAUCAUCCAGUCACAGUACCAGUUCUGUUUCCUUGAGCCCAGCUAUUGAAAAUGAGCCCAAUGAGUGUGUUUUCUCAGGUCAGGUCAGGGUUAACUCCUUUGCAGACUCAUCCCAUGGAUACGAGUUUGUCAGUGACUCCUCGGACUCAGACUGGGAUUAUGAGGAGGUGGAUUCCAGUGCCGGCAGCCUCAGGCCGGCAGAGGAGCACCGGCGGUCGCGCCUGACUCGCAUGGUGAUGCCGGAGCCCUUGCUUCCCCCAGUCCGCGAGGAGCUGGAAGUGAGCCAAUCAGUCCAGUCAGUCAGGCCUCCUGCUGUCAUCCAAGACCCCAGUGUGGAGCGAGACUUGCAGUGUGACCCGCGGGAAGGAAGAAGCGGAACCGGGAACCAGCCUUUGACUGAGGGAAGCUCACCAAAGAGAGGAGUGGAACUUAGCACUUGUGAGAAGAGAGCGUCACAGCAUUCUGACAGACCUACCCACCGUCUUGCUCAUAACCAAGAGUCAUUUGAGAUUGAAGAGAUUUCCAGUACUGAAAACCAAGAAGACGGUACCUCGGCCAACAGAGCAGCUGACAAGACACCGGAAAAAGAGCCUCUUGUUCGCACUGACAGUGCUCAGUCUGACAGUAGUGGCUUUGCCGAUGAAGUCAUGGACUCAACAAUUACCCCCACUUCAACCCGAAUUGACGAUUGCAGUGGUUCUCCUCAGCAAGACAACAAGGAAAGGAAUGGCAGUGGGCCGGAAAUGGGCAACAAACUCAUCCAGACCAGCUUUGAUGACUUUGGAGUGCUGGAAAGCUUUGAGUGGGAAGAGGGUGCUCAGGAAACUGGAGAUGCUAUCUCAGGACAAACUGCCAAGUCAUCUUUCGAGGAGGACAAGAAUUCGAUGUCUGAGCAGUCAUCAGUUAUAUCCAGCGCGGAGAGGAUUGCACGUUCACGGAAGUCGUUUCGGGAGUCUAGGAGCAGCUAUGAUCGGAUGGGCAGCACUUUCAGUGGGAUAAGCAUUUCCAGUCUGGAGGACUCACCAUUUGACGGAGAAGGCCCCCCACUUCCGAUCAAGACUGUUCCUGUCCCCCGGCAGCGGUCUGGAACCUAUCCCACUACCUCUGAGAAACAGGAGGUUGCCCCAGGCCCCAAAACGGUGGUAGAGAUCCUGACCACACUGCAGGAGAACAUCAAGCAGGCCACGGAGGCAAAGAAAUUCAUCGAAGACCAAGAGGCUGGAAAUGCAAUCAAAAAGAGACCCACCUUGUCCAAGAUGAAAUCUGUGGAUUUUGACUACUUCCCUCUGGAUGACAUUCAUGUUCCAAGCUUAAUGGAGUCUGUGGAGGCGAUCCUUGGCCAUUCUAAUGAAGUUUCCAAUUCCAUAACUGAUGAAGCAGAGAACCAGAAUCUUACUGUUGUUUUUAAUUCCCCAGAGGAUUCUAAGGCACCGUCAUCAGUGUCAGUGGCUGAAAAUGGAGUUGCAGAAGAGAUCUGUAGUUGUAGAUCCAGUCCAAAGCUCCUUAAGCGGAAGUCAAGCCAGAUCAUCAUGAUUCCCACACUACCUUGUCUGGAUGAGGAGAAAACUCCGGUGCAUUCAAGACACUCGAGUGUUACUGACAGCCAGCAUGCUGUGCCCAAGCAGAAUUCCUCCGGCCAUUGUGCAGAUGCAGACAAGGUCUCAGAGACAACAGACAAUCAGAUUCCGGCCAACUUGUCUCCCAAUGCAAGGUUGGAGGAGCCAAUUCUCACGGACACUAUGAGCGAUACGGAUACCCCAGUGAGCAUGGUGGCCAAUGUGGACAGUGUAGGGGAUGUAGGGGACUUGGAGGAGGAGAUGCUGUACUUGGAGCAUGUCGAGAGUCUUCUGCAGGAGCAGGGAAGGCUCCUGGAAGGAGUCUCCCCACCGAGAUCCCAUGCAAGACCAAAGAUCCAAGAGGAACAGGCCCUGCUCCAUGAGGAGGUUGUGGUGUCCCAAUCAGAAGCUACCUCUGAGUCCUAUCAAGCUGCUCACUCAGCGUCUGAGCCAUUGGACCAAUUUGUUACAACUGUAGAAGUUUUUUCAUCCGUAGCUGAUCAACCAUUCCAUAAACACUCCGGAGCAUAUCUGAGUUCACACUCAGUAGGUGAUAAAGAAGAUAUUGUCAACACCACCGUCAUUCCAAAGACUUUGUGCCCAGUGCAACCCACUGAUAUGCACAGAACUUCUCUGCCGACCAAGCUUGUUGAAUCCUCUGUAUAUCUUUAUUUGUCACCGAGGCGGUCAGUCGGUGAUGUUCCAGUGGUUCCCAGUAGCAUUGCUGCAAAUGAAGACAAUGUUUUGGAUACCGAAAAGCUAUGCAACUGUUCCAAAGCUGAGUCAGCCCCCCAUCGAUAUCGGACUUCUUUUGAGCUGGAUCUGGACACUGAGAGUCCUAAAGAAACUUGUAAUAAAAAGUCGCAAAAUUCAACAGAAAGUAUAACCAGAAUCAAACCAGAGGAUGACCUUCAUGACAUGAAGCUCCUCCAGAGGGCAUUAUUCAAGUACAAGCAGGACCUGUGUGAAUUAGAGAGCCUGGCAGAGCGGCUGUAUGCCCGCCACCUUGACGAAGAUGGGGAGACAGAGUUUGUUGGGGCGAUGACGGAAUGGGAGAGGGCAGAGCUGGACUCCGUGCGCAGUCUGCGCCGUCAGGUCCUGGAGGAGGUAGAGAUCAUGGAGGGCCGUCUGUCGCAGCGGAUGACGGUGGCCGUCGCUAGGGUCAACUCCCCGGAUGGACUUGAGAACAGCCUAGCAACAGCAUCUGAGGACAACCUGGAGGUGAUUCAAGAGAUGGUAAACCUCCUUGAAGAGCAGCGUUCCCUCCGUCGCAUGCUCCUGGACCUGGAGACUACCCACUCUCACGCCACCCUUUCCGAGGCCUCCACCAUCCCCGACUUGUCGGUAGUACAGGGCAGCCCAGAGUGGGCGGAGUCCUACCAGGGGGAAGUGGAGGGGGAAGAGGACACCUCAGCCAGUGACAGGCAGGAGAUGAUGGAAGCGCUGAUGGAGGUGCGGCUGGAGCUGCAGCACCAGCGAGAGAUGGCCCGACGGGAGAUGAACUCUGCGGUCAAAGAGAUGAGACAGGCUAUCUUAACAGAGCUGAGGCAAGAACUGCAGCUAGACGCUCAGCUAUUCCAGAGACAACUCCAGGCCAAAGACAAGGAGAUAGAGCAGCUGAAAGGAUUACUGAGGGAGCAGCGCAGGCUGCAAGAAGGAGAAUGACAUGAAGAAACUGCCAAGUAAACUGUCUACCUAGCUUCCUUUGAAGUGUCCAAGGACCGUCAUGGAAUGCUCCUGAUCAUCUAUCAGAAGUGGUUGAUUUUUGGUUUUCUUUUCUGUUUAAAAGGCUCGAGUGGCAGGUGAAAUGUUUCAUUAAAUUUAAGAUUGAAUUUAAGAUUGAAUUUUGUUUAGUCUCCUGACAACAUUUGGUGUGUGAUCUUCCGCAAUGAAGUGCCUCCUUGACAGAUUCCCAGCUCAAGAUUUUGGUCGUCUUCUUCCACAGCGGACAAAAAACUAAGAAAUCUAUGAUUGUAAUAUUUGUGUUUCCACAAGGAGAGACCCCCACACCUGAUUUUUGGGACUGUAGUGCUGAAAAUCUUUUUUAAGGAUUUAAAUCUUUUUAAGGAUGCAGUUAUUGUCGGUUAUUUUAUUAUGAUGUGCCUUGUGACAUUUAGUAAAGGAUAGGAUAUGAGGAUUGCGCCGUUCAUGGAUGAGAUUCAUUACCUGCGAACUGUGUGCUUUUGAGUGUAUUAACCUACUUACAUGUAAUUUCCUCCUGUGAGGUCCUCAACUGCUCCACUCUCGCAGAAGAAUGGAGAGCUAGGACAGUGGGGAUAUGUCAUGGGUGGAGUUGAAUGACCCAUCUUUAUCAUUUGGUAGACAUUUCACUUUAGCCCCAAAUCCAGCAUCAGGACACCCAGCAUGAAUGCAACCACUUGUAGCACAUGUUUAAGGCCAUGUCCAAAUAGGGUAUCCUAUGGCUGUGGCUUCAGUUCUUUUUUCAUCACUGCACUGCAGAAAAUAGCAGUGCCAGUCUCCGACACAGCCUCAAGCUCAGUUUGAUGUAGCCUUAGUUAUCGCAUGCCAGUCAAAUUCUCAGCACGAGGCCAAAUUCAAUUCAGUAGCCUGCUUGAAAAGCGAAUAAUCACUUGAGAGACCUGGCUGGUUCAGUAUUGAUGAUAAUCACUCAGGUUUGCUGUGUGAAAGUGCUGUAGUGCAAGGUCCCCAAAUGAAGAACACAUCAUUCACGAUUCAUACAAAUGUGACCCUCCAUUCCACAAACCAGGCUGAAGUCUUUUUGGCUGUUAUCCAGAACAUGAUGCAAGUAUAUACAUCAGUAGUACAAAAUCCACUUCCUUUGACUACCAAAGCCUCCUACAGACAAAAUUUUUCUUCCGGGUCACUUUGAAGUGUGGUCCAAGAAAACAAAUUGCAAAUUGGAGUAGGAUAUGAACCAAUGACUUCCUGUGAACCAGUGCAGACUUCUUAACCCCAAAAGAGCCAGGGAGGGGGCACAGAUUCUGCCCCGUCAACAUUUUGUCCGAUUUCGCCACAUUGCAUUUUUUCAGGAGCUGAGCCUUCAGGAGUUUUUGAGUAACUAUAUGUAAUCAUUUUAUGACACCAGUUUUGUGAAAAUAGAACAUGCUGUUCUUGUGCGGUGUGCAUGUUUCUGAGACAGGUCAGCCAAAAAUGUAUACUUUUCCACUACAGUGCUCAAUGCACAUGGGCUGCACAUGUGUAGCCUUGAACUUCCAGUGACCAUAACAGCAAAACUAUAUGUCUGAUUGAGUUCAAACUUGACAUUUAUAAUGAUAAUUAGUGUCUUUACAGUCAUACCAAGCUAAAAAAUAUUGAACGUGACAGAGCCAAGUUCUUUGGGGAAGGGGAGAAUCCUUUAGAAUAUGCUCCCUUAUGGAUGUAUUCUGUGGCAGGCUUCUUGUAGCUUCUAAACAUACUGGAGCAGUGCUUUUUGUCUCUUCACGUCUUAGAUAGGUAACUUUUCAAGUUCUUUAAGUGUGCACUUUGCCAUUUUUUUCAUUAUACUCAAGUCAGUUUCACUACGAGGGCAUUACCUCAAAGAGUUUUUUUAACUGUACAUGUUUAAAGCUGAUGAAUUGAUAGCAGUGAUUUUUCCAUUUGUGGCCAUGACAAGCUUGGGAAGUCUUGAGUGGCUACACAGAAGUAGCUGUUUCUUCGGUUUUUUUUUAAAUUCACAUCAUGUAUGCAAGCUACCGGUAUUUUGAAAUUGAUACAUGUAAAUACUAACAAUGAACACUGAAGCAACAUCAUUAUUGUUGUUUUCGUUUACCUAGGCUGUUGGUUUCAUUAGUAUAUCUUUGGUUUCAGUACCAGAAAUAGUUAACAAAUUCUUCUUAGACAUUGUUAGAAUUUGUUAGAAUGGUGUCUCAAUUCGUAAUUAAAGGGGGGAAAAUGCACUUCUGCUUGCCAACAGCAGAAAAUUCAUGUCACUUGUUUGUCUAAAACAUAUAAAUCAAACCAGUCAACUUUAUUAAUUUUUAUUUGGUAUGAGCCCUGCAAGGUCAAACAUACAUUGUGCCUCGGGUGGAAAUCCAAAUCAUUACGGACAUUAAAGGUAAUUUGGUAAAGGUAUACAUGUAGGUGAAGUUCACAAUACCAAAAUUGCGGACUUCAACAGAUUUGCUUUACUUUGGCAUUUGGAAUUCAAUAUUGGAAAAUGAUUAGAGUGUAAUUUUAAUUGCACCAAGUCUCAAAGAAGUUUAGGCAUAAUUUUAGGCCAGGGAAGCUUGAUUUUAGAAAAUUGCUGUUUGAAAUAUUUCUCCAAACGACAAUUUUGUGGAUUUUUCAAAUGCCCUAAUUUUUUUAGGCACACAGUUUUUAGCUAAUAAGUUUUAGAAUAACAAAAUUCAAACAACAGGUCUAAAAAUAACAAAAUUUAAAAAAACAAGUUUUAAAACAAAAUUUGGAGAGAAAUGUUUCCUUUUUCCACAGCCUCUAAAGAUACACUGAUGCUGAAUUUUAAGUAUCAGAACGAGAGGAAAAAGUUAGUCACUCUGGCUAUUAACAAUAAUGAGUCUUUCGUCACAAAUGUCAGACCAACAUGCCCACAGAAAAAGAAGUGGCCUGCAUGCUGUUUUGAAAGUGUUGAAUAUCUAAUUUAUAUUUUUGUAAUUGCAUUGCUCUUUUGUAAUUUUGUAAGGAUGUUCGCAGGCGUUUGGGGAGUGACUUUAUUUAUGUAAUACAGUGGAAAGACACGUAUGAUACAUGUACCAAUAGAAGUAAACAGGUAUGAGUGGAAUUUGGCCAAGUUUUCGCUUCCCUGAAUUGAAAUUGCUUGAAUGGAGACCCUGGCUGGCCCAGUAUAUUUUGUGAGGUGCGAGUAGUCAUAUUUUUUUUUAAGACGGUUUUUCCCCAGCAGAAAUCGUAUUGUCAAACCAAGCACGGAAGGUUCAACGGGUUCAGGAUUUGAUCAUUUUUAUAAACAGAUACAUGUACUUCAUCCCACCUGUGUUUUUAUUGUCACAAAAGCUAAAUGAAAUUCAGGCACUUCCCGGAAACCUGUUUUGUAGCCUUUUUUGAUGAUCCCUUUCCAUUUUACCACUGAGUUAUUUAUGAGAUCCAACAAUUAUCUGCAACGGCAGUCCUCUUGACAGGCCAGUGAGAGUGCCAUACCAUGUUCUCUGGUUUCAUGCUUACUCGGUACAUGUACAAGCAAAUUGCACUGACGAGUGUUGUGGUUCUAUUAGAAAAUGUGUCUUAAGAAUGCCUAUGCGUGUUCUGACCAUUUCAGCUAGUGCCUCCCACUGCAACCUUUGUUACCUGGUUUGGAAUGAUUGAAAACAUUAAUUUCCUGAAGCGCGGGAUAUCAAACACGAUUUUGACCUUUCUACAAACGGAGUGCUUCUCGUAUUACAAGUGUCCGUAUUUCAAUCACCUUUUUUUCUAAUCACGUCUAAUUCGGUUUCAUUGCUUUGUGGCUUAGUCACGCAAAAUGUGGGAAGUAGACGGGUUGCAAAAAGAAAGACUGGAACCAUUGAAAGUGCAACGUGUACAUCCUGGGGAAAAAAAGUAUUAUACUUAAAAAAAACACCACCACUUAAACGUUACUCGGCCAUGUGUCAUUACCAAGGUGGAUACCUGGUAUACAGUCCACAAGCCUGCUGUAUUAUACACUUAUUGUGUGUACACUUGACAUGUAAGACAGCGUAACUUGUAAAAAUUGAUGAUGCAUUUGAGUUAUAUCACCUUUUGUCUUGGGCUGUGUCAAAUUGUGUUGCAUCACAAACAUUGGAAGCUAGCUUUCAUUGGGUAUUAUUUGGAAGCACCAGUCUGAGUGGAUGAUCUCUGUAGUCCCAGGAUGGCCAGCUUACAGUUCAAAAACAAAUUGUUGUGUGCCUGGAAGGAUGUAAGCGCUUACGCCCUUUUGUUGGGAAGCAUGAUUACUGCCAAAAACUUUUCUGGCAAAAGGACGUUAUGUAUACAACUGUUUUAUUUUAAUGAAAUAUAACGAAUUCUGUGCAAAAUGUUUAAAACAAAUUCCCAAGUUCUUUAAUAAGUUGUUCAGAGGUCGCUUUUUGGACAGCCCAUGUUGAUUUUGUUGUAAAUUAUAAAGAGAAAGUGUUUCUUACAUCCUUUUGCCGGGAACAGUUUUUCUGCCGAGAUCAUGCCGGGCACACAAAGAAAUGUUUCAGUGUUUCUGCCAUUAGGCGAGUUGGUACAUGCAGAUUAUUCCCAAGGUGGCAGAUCUGCCAGUACUUUAGUGUCUUUGAGUUACCACCCUGUCGACUCAAGCAGGUUUUGAUCCUGGAUACGUACAUGUACAUGUGUUGCUAUGAAAAACAGUGUGUUCAAAUCAAACCGAUUUGUUUAACAUACCUGUAGGCCAACUUGGCCCCACCCAGAACUUACAGCCAUUCUGUGCUAGGUUUGGUCUGUAUCAAAAGUAACUGAACUUCCUUUGUUUUAAGUAAAGUGAUUAACGUUAUGCACUACAGAAAUUCUGAUUGAUACAUACAUUGAGUAAAUGCACAUGUAUUGUGUGUGUUUUUUCCCUUUAACAUCUUGUGCGUUUCUAUGCAGGUAAAUCACUGUCUCACCAAUUAAAAACUUCCAAUUGGUUCUUUAGAAAUUAUAGAUGUUCAUGUAUCCCAAAGAAUGUGAAGUUGCAAUUGUUGAAUUCUGUAUUUAUCAUACUUCAUGAUAUUGUUAUGUUUGUAUUGUAUUUUUUGACAAAUAUUAACAAUUGUACUUGUCAGUAAUAUUUUGUAAUCUGGUUCCUCAUGGAUUUUUUUUUUCAAAGAGAGGUAGCUUUACAUUUAUAAAUGCAAAUGGUUAUAUAUUACUUGCACUAUCAUUUGAAGAGUAACAUUUUUCUAUAUUUAAUGUAAAAACACAGAUUGGUUGGUGUAAUUUGUUAGACGGUGUUCUUGUAAACUGUAGCAUUAACUGAUGUAUUGCCUUGGCAAGGCAGCACUUCCCCAAAAAUCAUGUUAGAAACUUUAUGAACUGUAGUUACAGACCUCCAAGCAGUCACUGCUCUGGAAUUCUUCAAAUUGGACGAGUUACCUAAAAAGUGAUGUCUUUCAGAGAUACAGAACCACCGUCACAUGA